AUGCAACAAAGGGUAUCGGUCGAUAAAAUGGAAGGUGAAAGAUGGAAGAAUAUAUUAUACUUGACCAACCGUGAAUCAGAUUUGGCUCAUGAAGCUUUUCAGCCUGGUAUUGAGGUAAAACGAUUUUUUAGCUGGUUUUUUGGGUACCAUAGAAAAUAUAUCUGGUUGAUUUUUAAAAAUGCAUGUUUAGUAAUGUUUUUUUUCUAUUAAUAAAUUUUGUAAUUUUUCAGAACUUUGAAACAGUCCAAAACUGUAAGAUCCUUGUGGUAGGUGCAGGUGGUUUAGGAUGUGAGAUCUUGAAGGAUCUGGCAUUGAGUGGCUUCAGGAAUAUUGAUAUUAUUGAUAUGGACACAAUCGACGUAUCUAACCUAAAUCGACAGUUUUUAUUCAGGCAAAGCGACAUUGGAAGGAGUAAAGCUGAAGUAGCGGCCGAAUUUACGAUGAAACGUGUGAAUGGAGUUACUGUUACUGCGUAAGUCUUAGUGGUUAUCAAAAUUUAUUGUUUUUUUAUGUUUAGACACAAUUGCAAGAUUCAGGACAAACCGGCUAGCUUUUACCAGCAAUUUCCGAUUGUCAUAUGCGGAUUGGACUCGAUUCAAGCUAGAAGAUGGCUAAAUCAAAUGAUUGUAAGGUGGUUUUUGAUUUCUUUAGGUUUAAUUGGUAUUUAUUUGAUAGAUAUAAGAUAGGGAGUGCUUUCUAACGUGAGAUCUUUUGGCUUCAAGUUAAUUUAGAUAAUAUUUAGAGCAAAAUAUUAUAGUAGAUAAAAAAUAAAAGUUGUUCAUCAACUGUUUUGUUUGCAACUUGUUUUAACUGUAACCUUUUGUUUAUUAAUACUUCAUAUAACUUUUCCUAUAGUUUUUUUUUGUUAAUAUAAGUUAUCUUUUCAGUGUGAUUUGGUUGAAUUCGACGGAGAGGGUAAUAUAAACGAAGCCACGAUUAUUCCAUUAAUCGAUGGAGGAACAGAAGGCUUUAAAGGGAACGCCAGAGUAAUUCUACCUCACAUGACAGCUUGCGUAGAAUGUACAUUAGAUCUCUAUCCUCCCCAAGUCAACUUUCCUAUGUGCACCAUAGCCAACAUACCAAGACUGCCCGAGCAUUGUAUAGAGUACAUCAAGGUGGUAUUAUGGGACAAAGAAGCCCCAUUCUCUGGAGAUGCUUUAGAUGCAGACAAUCCAGAACAUGUACAAUGGGUGUACCAGAAGGCGUUAGAAAGGGCGGAUCAGUUUAACAUCGGCGGGGUAACGAUGAGAUUGACGUUGGGGGUGUUAAAACGAAUCAUCCCGGCUGUAGCGUCAACCAAUGCCGUUAUAGCUGGUGUUUGUGCUUUAGAAGCUUUUAAAUUGGCUUCCAAUGUGUCGAGGACGUUGGACAAUUAUGUCAACUUUCAAGAUGUAACAGGUGCCAAUUUUAAUGCUGUCAGUUUGGAAAGGAAUCCAGAGUGUUUGGUGUGUAAGGACAAGGUGGAGUUGGUCAAUGUGGCUACGGGACAAACCUUGCAAGAGUUUAUUAAGCUUUUGGAGGCGAAUUAGUGAGUUUUGUUACCUAAAAUUUGAUUUUUUUGAUUGGAACGACAAAUUUGUUACUUAAAAUCGGCUUUUUAGCUUAAAGUUGACAGUUUGUUACCUAAAUUAAUAUAUUUUUCAGCAAAGUCGAGCAACCUCGAAUCUAUGCCGGAGGCAAAGUAAUUUUCACCGACAGCGAUUUAAUGCCAGAGAUGAAAGAAAUGUCAAAACGGAAUCUCAACAAGAAUCUACACGAUUUAGAUUUGCCGAAUGGCACCAAUGUCCUAGUUGAAUCGACCAAUCUCCAAAAACCUUUAGUUCUCAGGCUAAAAUACACUGAUUAA